AUGACAUUCCUUGUUGGGCGCCCUUUGACUUACGCCAUUACGGCCACUGCUGGCAGUGGAUUCUUGCUCUUUGGCUAUGACCAGGGUGUCAUGUCCGGUUUGCUGACUGGGGAUGCAUUCACUGCAAGGUUCCCAGAAAUAAACACAACCAAGGGAGGGCAUGGAAGCCCUUCGUUGCAAGGCACCGGUUGUUUUCUUGGUGCAAUCCUAACCUUGAUCGUUGGCGAGAAACUUGGUCGUCGCAAAUGCAUCAUGACCGGAAGUAUUGUCCUAAGUAUUGGAGCUGCUCUUCAAUGCAGCGCAUAUAGCAUCCCUCAUCUGAUCGUGGGCCGUAUUGUUGCUGGCAUUGGGAAUGGUCUCAACACCAGCGCUAUCCGUAAGGGCCCGUCUGUCUCCUACGAAAGACUUGAGAUGCUGAUAAUCAUUUCAGCCGUUUGGCAUUCGGAAUUAAGCAAGGCUGCAAGUCGAGGAAAAGGACUGGCUAUUGAACUGGCUAUCAACAUCUUCGGAGUCAUGCUUUCGUACUGGGUUGGCAAGUUAAUCUUCUACUUGUCUUUGCUUUGGAUCCUUAAUCUUGCAGAUUACGGUUUCAGCUAUGUGGAAAGUGAGGCUCAAUUUCGCUUCCCCAUCGCAUUACAGAUUGUUUUCGCUAUAUUCACUUUUUUCGGUGUUCUUUGUUUACCUGAAUCUCCCCGAUGGCUUAUCAAACAUGGAGAUGAAAGCAAAGCUCGUCAUGUCCUUUGGUCCCUGCAGCCCAAUGCUCGAGAUAUCGAUGAACAAAACGCUGUCGUUAAUCUCGACGUCACAGAGAUUACCCGAGCCAUUGAGGAGGAAGAGGAGGCAUCCACUAAUGGCUCGUUCAAAGCUAUUUUCCAGAAUGGACAACAAAAGUUCCUGUACCGGACACUUCUUGGUAUGGGAGGACAAAUGAUGCAACAGGUUUCGGGCAUCAAUUUGAUCACAUACUAUGCCACAGAGAUUUUCGAGGAUUCUGUCGGAAUGGGCCAUAAUACAGCGCUGCUGCUGUCUGGAUUUAACGGCGUGGCCUACUUCUUCUCUUCCUUGGUACCUAUCUGGGUUAUUGAUCGGUUGGUGGUCUUCCCGAGGCACUACUAUUCGUUCAGGCUAACGCUUUGCAGCCUCGGUCGCCGCAAACUGAUGAUGUUCGCUGUCGUUGGACAAGGCUGCUGCAUGGCUAUCCUGGCUGGCACUGUGUGGAAUGGUGGACACCAAGCUGGUCUGGUUGCAACCGUCAUGCUAUUUUUGUUCAACUUCUUCUUUGCUUGCCCGCAGAAUAUGCGCCUUUGGCUAUUCGGACUCGUGCAGCAGCCCUGGCCACUGCUACCAACUGGAUCUUCACUUUCUUGGUCGUCGAGAUCACGCCUGUCAGCAUUUCAAGCAUUGGAUACCGGACUUACAUCUACUUCGCUGCCUCGCAAUCUUACUCUGGAGCAGAUCGAUCGCCUUUUCACUGGCGAAAAAAUCAAGCUCUAUUGGCAUCCGUCAAUGGGUACGGCUGGUGACGCAGAUAUUCGGGUGGGCCAGGAGAAGGACAUUGAGAGCGAGAAGGCGCAGCAUGUCGAGUAG